AUGAAAUUUGGUGUACAUUUAAUGACUAAUCUCACAUCGGAAUGGAAUUCUCAAUAUAUUCAGUAUCAAUAUAUGAAAGAAAUGCUUGAAAAAGCAGUUGUUGAAGCACCGGUAUUAGUCAAUACUAAUGAUGAUGAUGAUAGUGAUAGCAAUUUAUUCUGUGAACAAUAUUUUCUUCAUGUUGAUGAAGAAUUUUUCGAAUUUUGCGAAAAACAAGUAACAAAGAUCAAUACUUUCUUUGCUGAAAAACUAGCCGAAUUGGAAGAAUCUAUUCAUACAUAUGGAGCAUUGAGACGUUUUACAACUCUUACAGAUGAAAUUGAGUAUAGAAAAUUAAUGUAUGGAGAAGUCUCUCCUGCUCGUAAAUCCUCGAUUGCUCUUAUUCAAAAAUCAAAUAAAAUUGGUCAGUCUAAUAAUAAUAGAUAUCGAAAUCAUAAAUCCAGUAUGAAAAUAUCAAUGAAUCGUACUUUACCCGAUCGAUUUAUAUAUAAGUACAAUAAAUUUCUUUCUAUUAAAUUGCAUAUUGAUACGGCAACGUUUUAUACAUCAACAGCAGUGACGGAACUUAUUCGAGAUGUUGAAAAAAUCUAUAUAGAUGAACUCGAAUCGGGUGAUCGAUCACGAGCAAUGAAACGUCUUCGUGUUCCACCACUUGAAGAAAAACAAUCAUCAAUAGUCACAUUUCGUCUUGGAAUUUUUAUUGGAAUAAUUUGUGUUCUAUUGCCAAUGAUUAUUAUUCUUAUUGUUGUUUUGAAUAAAAGUCAAUCAGGAAUAGCAUUAGCAUGGCGUGAAGCUCUUCAUCUGUAUCGUUCAUCAUUUCUUAUAAUCUUUCAAAUUAUUCUUGCCAGUAUCAAUAUAUAUGGUUGGUCAUCAUCAGGUGUUAAUCAUAUUCUCAUAUUUGAAAUCGAUCCACGUAAUCAUUUAACUUAUCAACAAUUACUUGAACUUGGAACAUUUCUAUGUGUUUUUUGGUGUCUUAGUUUCAUUGCAUUUAUUCUUACAUCUUAUUUAGAUUUUUAUCCAUUUUUACAACCACUUAUUUUUCUUAUAUUGAUGGUUCUUUUUAUCAUUAAUCCAUUGCCAAUACUCUAUCGUUCAGCUCGUUAUUGGCUUUUAAAAAAAUUAGGAUUAGUUUGUUCAGCAGCUUUUCAUCGUAUUCAUUUUGCCGAUAAUUGGCUUUGUAAUCAAUUAACAUCAAUUGAAUUAGCUUUUUAUGAUCUUGAAUUUUUCUUUUGUUUUUAUUUUUCAAAUCAUCAAUGGUGGUCAACAAAUUUAACAUUACCGUCUUCAUCUCAAAAUAUAUUUUGUACAGGUUGGUCAAAAUAUCUUCUACAAUCAUGUCUUCUUGCAACACCAUCUUUACUUCGUCUUACUCAAUGUUUACGACGAUAUUAUGAUACAAAACUUAAAUUUCCACAUCUUGUUAAUGCUGGAAAAUAUUCCGUUAGUAUUAUUGUGGCCAUUACAAAUUCACUUCGACGUGCAAACAUUGCAUUCAAUCAAGUUGAUCCUAAGAGGCCACAAAAUAAUCCAUUUGUUUAUCCAUGGAUCAUUGCUGCAUUUAUCAAUUCCACUUAUAAGCUUAUCUGGGAUGUAAAAAUGGAUUGGGGGUUGUUUCAUAAGAAUGCAGGUGAAAAUCGAUUUUUACGUGAUCAUAUUAUCUAUUCAUCGAAGAAUUAUUAUUAUUAUGCUAUUAUUCAAGAUCUUGUCUUUCGAUACAGUUGGACAGUAAAUAUCUUCAUACAUUUUAAUUCUGGUGCAGCUGAAUAUUCUGAUGUGAUUGGUUUUGGUUUUGGUUUGCUUGAAUUAAUUCGACGUUUUUCUUGGAACUUUUUUCGUCUUGAAAAUGAACAUUUGAAUAAUUGUGGAAGAUAUCGUGUCAUUCGUGAUAUUUCUAUUAAACCCAUUGCAACAGGUAUUGAUUUUGCAUUAGCUGAUUCUUCAAAAUUAAGCAAAACAUCGAGCUUGAGAAAUCGAUAUAGAAUAGCACGAUGUCAAACGAUUAUCGAGGAAAAUAAUAUGGUUACUGGUGAUAAUGCAACAAUGGAUGAUCUAGAAAAUAAUAUAGUAGACUUUGUCAACAAUCAAUUAUCAGCAUAUCGUACGACGACAGUAUCGGAAGUGAAUACGAUUAAUCAAACAUUGGAAAAUAUUUCAUUUCGAAGAUGUCAUUCACUUUCAUCUUUGAAUGAGUGUUUGGAUUUAACAUAG